CAGCGUUAGCACUCUCUCACUCUAAUCACUUUCUCAAUUUCUCUCUCUUAAAAAAAAAAGAAAAAAGAAAGAAAAGCCAGUCUUUUAACAAACAAAAGUGAAGUGAAAUUUCAGAGGUUUUCCUUGGAUCCCAUUCAUCAUCAACAACUGUAAGUUAUUCUGGUAGAUGGGUUUUUGAACAUUAAGCUAGAAGCAAAAAUCUCUAUGUUAUAAUUUAGCUCAAAUCUUAUUAAUUUGUUUUAACAAAUCCACAUUAAAACGCUUUAGGUGGGUUGGUAGUCAUUUAUGAAGUGUCUAUAGUUUGUUCAUGCUUUGUUGAGUUUGUGAACUUUUGAGUGUUCUUCUGGUUGGGAUAUAUCCUCUCACCCAUGGUGGUGGGUCUUUUACCACCUGAUUUGGAUUCUUCAUUUCACUAUGGCACUUAGGGUUUUGCUCAAUUUCUGAAAGAAUGCUGUGAUGAUUUAUUAAAAAACAUGUUAAUUUCAUAUUUUUGAAGCAAACCCAGAUCUCUGUUGUCUCAGUGUGAGUAAAAAAGAUAGUUUUUGGGAGGUUUUGUAUCUUCAUUAUUGUUUCGCCCUCAUUUUUCCUGUUUAUGAGUUUUGGGUAAAGACCCAUAUAGAAAGCUGUGGAGAUCAGAGACUUAUUUAAUCUCUUAUGCCCUAUGAGGAAUCUCUUCCUCCCAGAGGCAUGUAAAGAAACACAAGUACAUACUUUAAGUCCACAAUCAUGGCUUCAAGUUGAGAGGGGGAAACUCUCAAAAUCUUCAUCACAUGCCUCUUCUUCUAUAGAACCUCUGAUCAAGGUCCCCGAACCACCUAUACUACCAUUUUUUAAGCCUGCCGAUUACGUAGAAGUUCUAGCUCAAAUACAUGAAGAGCUUGAAACUUGUCAUCCUCAUGAGAAAUCUAGCCUUUACUUGCUACAGUUUCAGGUUUUUAGAGGUCUCGGGGAAGUUAAAUUGCUACGGAGAAGUCUACGAGCAGCUUGGCAGAAAGCAAGUACUGUACAUGAGAAAAUUAUAUUUGGGGCAUGGUUGAGAUAUGAAAAACAAGGAGAGGAUCUUAUAUCUGAUUUGCUUGCUUCUUGUGGCAAAUGUACUCAGGAAUUUGGUACUUUAAAUAUUGCUUCUCAAAUUCCUGAUGAUAUUGAACUGAAAGCGUUUGAAACUCUGGGGAUGAUCGGGGGAAACCGUGUUUCAAGUACUGUAUUCUUUCGAAUUGGCGAUCAGAAAAUAGCCUGUGAUAGGCAGAAAAUUGCUAGCUUAUCAGGUCCAUUCUGUGCAAUGCUUAAUGGUUGCUUCAGAGAAUCACUCCGGGAGGAAAUAGAUUUGUCUGAAAAUGGUAUCUCCUUGUUGGGUUUCAGAAUAGUCAGUGAAUUCAGUGAGACAGGCAGUUUAAACAAUGUUCAUCCUGAUAUUUUGCUUGAGAUCUUAACAUUUGCAAAUAAAUUUUGCUGUGAAAGACUUAAAGAUGCUUGUGACAGAAAAAUUGCAUCUUUGAUUUCCUCAAAACAAGAUGCUGUGGAUCUUAUCGAUUAUGCACUUGAAGAGAAUGCACCAGUCCUCGCAGCGUCAUGUUUGCAAGUGUUUGUGAAUGAACUUCCUGACUGUCUGAAUGAUGAUCAAGUGGUUAAGAUAUUUGGAAAUGCUAAUAAACAUCAGAGACAGAUCAUGGCUGGGUCAGCAUCAUUCUCUCUCUACUGUUUAUUAAGUGAGGUUGCCAUGGCCCGAGAUUCCCGAUCCGAAACUACUGUUUGUUUCCUGGAAAGAUUGGUUGACUCUGCGGAAAGUUAUAGGCAGAGGCAAUUUUCCUUUCAUCAACUGGGUUGUGUGAGGUUUCUGAGAAAAGAAUAUGAUGAAGCAGAAAAGCUGUUUGAGAAAGCUUUUUCAUUAGGUCAUGUUUAUUCAGUUACUGGAUUAGCUAGAUUGGGUUCCAUCAAAGGCAACAAAAUUGGGUCUUAUGAGAAACUCAGUUCUGUAAUAUCCUCUCAUAGCCCUCUUGGGUGGAUGUAUCAGGAAAGGUCGCUUUACUGUGAAGGUGAAAAGAAAUUGGAAGACCUUGUGAAGGCGACAGAGUCAGACCCUACACUUAAUUACCCUUACUUGUAUCGUGCUGCAUCCCAGAUGAGGAAGCAAAAAGUACAAGAUGCGUUAAUGGAAAUAAACAGGGUUCUUGGUUUCAAACUAGCACUGGAAUGCUUGGAGCUUAGGUUUUAUUUCUAUCUGGCUCUUGAAGAUUAUCGAGCGGCAUUAUGUGAUGUUCAGGCAAUUCUCACUCUGUCUCCUAGAUACAGGUUGUUUGAGGGGCGGGUAGCUGCCAUUCAGCUUCGCACACUCGUGCGUGAACAUGUUGAGAAUUGGAUGACUGUUGAUUGUUGGAUGCAACUUUAUGAUAGAUGGUCCUCAGUCGAUGAUAUUGGGUCUCUUUCGGUUAUCUACCAGAUGCUUGAGUCUGAUGCAGCAAAAGGUGUUCUAUACUUCAGACAGUCCUUGCUUCUCCUCAGGUUGAACUGUCCUGAGGCUGCUAUGUAUAGUCUACAGCUGGCUCGCCAGCAUGCUGGAAGUGAACAUGAGCGCCUUGUUUAUGAGGGUUGGAUUUUAUAUGAUACGGGUCAUUGUGAAGAAGGGCUUCGAAAAGCAGAGGAAUCAAUUAGCCUAAAAAAAACGUUUGAGGCUUUCUUCCUGAAAGCUUAUGCUUUGGCAGACUCAAGCCUUGAUCCUUCUUGCUCAGCAACUGUUGUUUCACUUUUAGAAAAUGCUUUGAAGUGUCCUUCUGACAGGCUUCGCAAAGGACAGGCUCUAAACAACCUCGGCAGUGUCUAUGCUGACUGUGGAAAGCUGGACUUCGCAGCUGAUUGUUACAUCAACGCCCUACGGAUAGGACACACCAGAGCCCACCAGGGUCUUGCACGGGUCCAUUCCCUCAGAGGUGAUAGGAAUGCUGCGUACGAGGAAAUGACAAAGCUGAUUGAGAAGGCCCGAAGCAAUGCAUCUGCAUAUGAAAAGAGAUCAGAAUACUGUGACCGUGAACUGACGAAGGCUGACUUGGAGAUGGUUACCCAACUAGAUCCACUUCGAGUUUACCCAUACAGAUAUCGAGCCGCUGUUUUGAUGGACAGCCACAAAGAAAGCGAAGCAAUCACAGAGCUCUCAAGAGCAAUAGCAUUCAAAGCUGAUCUCCAUCUUCUACACUUACGAGCUGCAUUUCAUGAGCAUAUUGGGGAUGUAUCUGGCGCAUUACGAGAUUGCCGAGCGGCUCUCUCUGUCGAUCCUAACCAUCAAGAAAUGUUAGAGCUUCAUAGCCGGGUAAACAGUCAAGAGCCCUAAGCGUAAGAAUUAUACAAAGAGAUCAACAUUGUGUAAACUAGUUUUGAUAUAGCAUUUGUGCCCCAUCUUUGUGGUAUCUAUUUUUUUCAAUUUUUUUUGUUUAUGUAACUAAUCUGGGUCAUAAGUUCAUUAUUAAAAGCUAUUGAUUUCUAAUUCCCUUUCACAUAAUUUUUCAUGUGUGAAGAGGGAAUCAUCUAGAAAAUUUGUAUGAAGGAAAAAAUAGAAAGAAGACCUAUUUAGAUGGGCAACUGAAAAA